AUGGUCUUAUGCGGGCUUCCAGAGUUUCGAUUUUUACUAGACCGCUACUUCAAGAACGUGAUAGACGACGAGUUUCGAUUUUUUAUGUACCUUAUCUACUACCCUUUGAUAUGCUUGGAACUGAUUCUUUCAUGUUUCGCAGACACGCCUUCUGGUGCUUUCAUUGGCAAGCAGAUAUGCCCGGAGUUAUCAACGUCGUUCCUCAACCAGAUCACUUUCCAAUGGUUCACAGGUUUAGCUGUGAAAGGCUACAAAAGACCUCUGGAACGUGAUGAUCUCUGGGCUCUAAAUGAGAGGGAUCGAGCCAGUCAUCUCAUACCGCAGUUUUAUCAAUACUUCAAGCGUCAAUUUCCUGAAACGCAUGCCGAGCAAAAACCAAAGUUCAGCGCUCAAGGACCAUCAAAGAAUCAUCCGUCAAUUCUUGUGCCUCUAUUUCAAACCUACAAGUUCUCGUUUAUUUCGGGUGCUCUUCUCAAAUUCACGUUUGACAUUCUACAAUUCGUCGCUCCCGCCCUGCUCAGAUAUCUCAUCAGUUUUAUUCAGAAUCGCGAUCAGCCGUUAUGGCUUGGUAUCUCCAUAGCAAGUGCAAUGUUUAUUGUUGCAAUGGUUCAGUCCAUGAUUCUUCAUCAGUACUUUCAUCUCAUGUUUCGCUUGGGUAUGAACAUACGUUCAGUCCUCACGAGUGCUGUUUACUCUAAGGCAAUGAAUUUAUCCAACAAUGCACGAAAAAACCGUACCACCGGAGAAAUUGUGAAUCUUAUGUCAGUCGAUAUUCAACGUUUACAAGACAUGACCACAUUUGUAAUGUUGUUCUGGUCAGCUCCUCUUCAGGUGAAACAAAUGAAAUACAAGGAUGAACGCCUGAAAAUGAUGUCGGAGGUCCUGAAUGGAAUCAAAGUUCUCAAACUAUACGCGUGGGAGAAAAGUAUGGAAAAUGCGAUCCUCAACAUUCGUGUGAAGGAGCUCAACGUGCUGAGAAAGCUAGCUUUUCUGAAUGCUGCUACGACGCUCUCAUGGGCUUGCGCUCCUUUUUUGGUGGCAGUACUAUCCUUUGCUGUUUUUGUCACCACCGAUCCGGAAAACAAUGUCCUCACACCACAAGUAACAUUCGUCGCUCUAGCUCUGUUCAAUAUUCUUCGUUUUCCAUUGGCGAUUUUCGCAAUGAUAUUCAGCCAGGCUGUUCAAUGCCAUGUAAGCAACAAGCGUCUCCGUGCUUUCUUCGCCGAAGAGGAGAUGGAUGCUGAUGCCGUGGGAAACAAGUACACUGAGGAAGCUGUGAAGAUCGAGAACGCGACAUUUGCAUGGGAAAACGGUGACGUAGAGGAGACCUUGAAGAACAUCACUAUGUCCGUUGGACGUGGACAACUCGUUGCAAUUGUUGGCAAAGUUGGCGCUGGAAAGAGCAGUCUACUUCAGGCUAUUCUAGGAGAAAUGAACAAAAUCAGUGGCAGUGUGAACGUCAGCGGUUCGAUCGCCUAUGUCCCACAACAAGCCUGGAUUCAGAAUCUGUCGCUCCGCAAUAAUAUACUUUUCAAUCGCACUUAUGACCGCACUUUCUAUGAGAAAGUGCUGGACGCUUGUGCUCUUCGGCAGGAUUUGGCAAGCCUUCCGGCAGAAGAUAUGACUGAAAUCGGCGAGAAGGGUAUAAAUCUUUCUGGGGGUCAAAAACAACGGGUCUCUCUCGCUCGGGCCUUUAUAUUCGCAUGCCGACAUAAUACUACUCGACGAUCCGCUGAGUGCUGUCGAUUCGCAUGUUGGAAGGCAUAUCUUCGACAAUCAUCAGCAACCGGUAUUUUAUCGCAUAAAACACGAAUACUCGUCACUCAUGGGCUCACCUAUCUGAAAUACUGCGACAAGGUCAUAGUUAUGAAAGGUGGCGAAAUCAGUGAAAUGGGAACGUACCACGAGCUGAUCGCACGUCAAGGAGCUUUCAGCGAAUUCCUUGAAGAAUUCCUAGUUGAGGAAACGAAGAAACGAGGACGAAGUGUGAGCUUCGGCGACAAUGCAGAGGACGUUUCCGAAAUCCUAAUGGAAAUGGAAAAAGUAAGUCCUGAUCGUAGAAAACGCAUUGAAUCGCAACUGAGUCAGGAAACGGGCAACAUCUCUCCUCUACGGGAAAAGAGUCCUACACCGCUGAAGGAAUUGCCUUCUCCAACUAGCAACGGCAACGUCAUCCCUUCAGAAGAAGAUCAUGCUGUAGUCGUAGGAAAGGGCGAAGAGAAAGUUGCUCUCCUCGGUGAAGAAAGCAAAACUGCGCAGAAGAGCAAACUCGUCGAGAAAGAAGCUGUUGAAACUGGGAAGGUGAAAUGGACUGUGUAUCUGACGUAUAUUCGAGCUAUCGGAUUUGAUCUUGCAGUGCUGUUUGUCGGCGUUUACAUUCUCAGCAGUGUCCUAGGGGUGGCCAGUAAUCUGUGGCUAGCAAAGUGGUCCGAUGACGCGGAAAUGAUCCAGAAAACUAGCAAUGGAAGCAGCUACGAAACGAACACUCGCUUAGCAAUCUACGCUUCCCUUGGAGUGGGACAAGCUCUAUUCGUGUGCGCUGCCUCAAUAAUUAUGGCGCUUGGAAUGGUUGGAGCCUCACGAUUGCUUCAUGAGGGUAUUCUCAAGAACAUUCUUCGCUCACCGAUGAUCUUCUUCGACAUCACACCAAUUGGGCGUAUACUUAAUCGUUUUGGCAAGGUACGAUACACGCUACCUGACUUCCAUUCAAAAUAUUACAUUUAUUGUUUUGUUGUUUACAGG